AUGUUUUCUCCAAACACUCGUGCCAAGGGUUUUUCCUCUUCACGAUCUCCUGCUUAUCUCACCAGAGAUGGCGUUGAUAAUCACGCCAUGGAGGUUCGAAGCAAGCUACAUUCAUUUGCGCAAAAGAAUUUGGACGAGAAUGUCCUUCAUCUUUCGAGAACACCCUUGUUAUGGGCUCUCAUUGGUUUGGUUCUAUACCGAAGGAGAUGGCCAUUUUGUUCAGGGAUGAUGCUGAGGCCCCUCUGUGUUAUCAAAGUUCUACUUCCCUGGCCUCUCACACCUGGGUCAACGAUAUGCUACUCAACUGUCUAG